AAAUUGGUGCUUUGAAACAACUUGAAGAGCUCAACAUAUCCAAGAAUCAUCUGCAACGACUGCCAAUACAGCUAAGCGAGUGCCAGCGUCUAAACGUGCUGAACCUCAGUGACAAUGUCAACAUCUGGCAUAUACCCGAGCGGGUCUCCAACCUACCAUCACUACAAUCUCUAUCAGCGGAUCGUUGCUCACUUUUUUACCUGCCAGUGGCACUUUCUAAGUUCAUAAACCACGUCCGCAUAUUUCACAACACAUCCAUUACUCACGUGCCCAUGAUCUAUGAGAAGCACUUCCAAACUUUCUAUGAUAAUCGCGCAAAAGUAACACCGCUUGCUGUAACACACGACAGUUUCUUCUGGGUGUUGGAAAAGGAGACCAAUACUAGACUACUACUGCCCUUCGGAACACGUCGCAUCUUUUGUGUGCCCUCGCUAGACAAUCAAGUCACACUUUACGACGACUGUCUAAGGGCAGUACAGUAUCUGAGUCGCUACAUGCCAUUAUGGGAGAAUGUAGCGCUCAAGCAAAUGCUACCGGAGAAGUUCAUCUACAAUCAUAUCGUACAUGGACCGACUGCCCGUUGUACAGUGCUGAAUUGUUCCAAUCCCUUGUACACAACUUACUAUUUUAUGGCUGUGAAACGGUGUGGCAGCUCGUCGAAACAAAUUUUCACUUGCUACUUUUGUUCGAAUCACUGUGCGAAUUUGUGGCUGUUGGCGAAUGGCAAGAAAUACUAUCAGUUAGAGUGGGAGGUGUGUGAAGAUUAAUGUGUUCGCAGCGAUACUGCUGUAAACUUGUAAACACACAUGUACAUAUAACGGUCGAGAAAUGUACAAUAUAUAAUUUAAUAACUAAACGCUUAAGAAAAUAAAUUUAAGUAGACGCAAUCUAUUUGUAGACAAAAUU